ACGAUGCACACGGCAAUGGAAAGUAAAUUUAAAAUUGCAAAAUAUUGUAUUUCACCAAGAAGAACAAGAAGAAAAAGAAUAUUUUCAGUAAAUAAAAUGCACGCGGCACUAUUAGAAUAAUUGGUCUAUAGGAAUAAUGCAACACCCUAGUAAAGAGUAUAUAAUGCGAUGGCGGCCAUUGUGGAGUUAUCAAUCCAAGUUUGAAUAUCAAACAGAGUUUUAACAAAAGUUUCUCUUUUAUCCUGAAUUUAAAGACAAAAAGUAUUCAAAAAUGCCUUGCAAAGGAUGUGGAAAUAACUGCAAAUGCACUGCCCAAAAAUGCGGUGACAACUGUGCCUGUGAUCAGCAUUGCCAUUGCCCCUGCAAAACUGGCUCCAAGGAUGAUUGCUGCAAGAAGUGAAUAAUGAUAAGAAAUUAAUUAAGGAAUAGAGUGGAUGAAAUGAAUCACCUUUAAAUUUAGCUGGAAAUAUUUUGAAGUUCGAAUAAAAUGUUUUGAAUAAAAUUUUGGUAAACAUAAAAAA